AUGCUUAUAAGGACACGCAUUUUGUUUCGUUAUUCUAAUUUAGUGGGUCGUCCUUUACAGCAAAACUUUCGCAUUAAGCACAAUACACCCUUGAUAUCACGAGCUUUUUCAGUUCAAUCGAGUUCCGCAAAAGAUAUUGUUCGAGAAUUAUAUGUUAAAGAAAUUAAGGGUUAUAAGCCAAGUCCUGAGAAACCCGGCGCCGAAUUGGGUAUGGUUAAAGAACUUCGACUACCAACACCUUUUCAGCCACCUAAUUUAGAUGAAGAUAUUUCAGCAGAAUUAGCUGAAUAUGAAGCUGAUGAUUCACAAUCUGAAGAAGCAGCAGCAGAAUUUGAAACAUCCUUAGAAGAUCAAUUUUUAAAGGAUGAAAGAUAUGAUGCACACCCUCCUGCACACUAG